UCAAGUACUUUCUGAUAAGACUUUGUUGAUAAAUGUGCUUCCAUGUGAAAAUAAUAUAAAUACGUCUCAGUUUAACAAUUCGAGGGCGAAAGUGAUAUAUUCAUUGACAAAAGCGAUAGAACCCCACAUGUGACGGCGCAAUGAGUGGUGGAAUGAUCCACGGUCUCAGCUGGUGCCCCAACGUGACUGAUAACUUCGUGACAUGGGGGCCAGAGGUGAACCUCUACAAAGUCCAGGAAAAUUCUGACGCAGUCCGGACAAAUUCCUCCAUUGAACUUUCACCGCACACGUACGCGUCGCUGCUUGCAUCCGAAACCCGGUACCAAUAUGUUCGCUGCAUGGCGCCCUCAUAUUCAAAGGAGGUCUUGGUCGCAAUAGGCCUGGCAAGCGGGAAGGUGAGCUUGUGUAAUUUCGACUCUAUCAACGAUCAUAACAUGGAGUUCACUCCGCGGCAGCAGAGAACUUGCUUGUGCCUCGCCUGGAACGAGGUCGAACCAAAUCUCCUUGCGAUAGGACACGACCGUAACCGCUCGGACUAUUGCAUUACGAUCUGGGAUGUAGACCGCGGGAUACCAAAAGAACCUUCUAGCCUGAUUGGCUUGGGGGAUACGGCCCAUUCGCUGUGCUGGGACAAGAUAAACAAAUUGCUCGUGGCGGGAGUGAGUCAGAAGUCGAUCAAAUUGUACGAUACCCGACAAAGCAAUACAAAUUGUGCGUCCAUACAAACAAAGUUGGUCUAUGGGCUUUGUGUAUCGCCCAGCGGUCGAUAUCUUGCUAGCUAUGUCGAUACCGUUGUCGGAAUUUGGGAUCUACGAAACAUCGACAAGCCAUUGACUCAAAUUCAAACUCUCAAAAACAUAACUAAUUUGACAUGGUGCCCAACAAGGACUAGCGUUGUCUCGGCAAUCCAACGUGACUCCCCACUUUGUCAUAUGAUAGAAGUCCAUUGCACCGAUAUCGAUGAUGGCUGUGAUAUAUAUUCAACAAAAAGACUGUUAGCACCAUUUCAAACGAGAAACACUAUAACGAGUAAAAUCAGCACUUUACACGAUUUCUCAUGGCAUCCAACGAAUUACGAGCGGGCAUUAUUCUUGUCUGACACAGGAAGGAUAAUUGAUUACACGAUACCAAUAAGGAAGACCAUUCAAUGGGAUCCAAGAAAUAAUCUUUCACCGGAAUGUGAUGACAUUGCCAAGGUUAUCAAUCGAAGAGCACUAAACGAUUAUGGGUUGGAGAAUGAAAUUAAGAAAAACGGAGAUGUUGCACAAAAUCCCACCUUGAAAUCAGUCUGGAAUCUGUUAGCAAAUAUGGCGAGAGAUGGACAACUAAUCGGCCUAAAGAAAAUUUUAGGCGUUAGUAGCGCAGCGGAUGGUCCACCAAUGUCAAAAAGUGAAUGUGAUGCUAUUCAGUGGCCAGACUUUUCAAAUUCUUGUUCAUUUGCGACUAUUUACAAAAGUGAACAGCGUGAAUUUGCACAGUGCCUAUGCGGGUGGACAUUCGAAAAUAACUUUUCGGUAAUGCUGAACAAAUUUAUUCCAAGCUUAUGCUCAAGAAAGGAGUUUUCUAGAGCAGCAAUGAUAUGCACGUUCUAUAUGAAAAUAAAGGAAGCAAUUGACAUUUUGUCAAAGGCAGCAACGGACCAGAAUGCGGCCAGCACAACUUAUCGACUAGCAGCUAUAGCGUUGACCGGAUUCAACGCAGAUCGCAGCAAAGCUUCAGGCGAAAAUCAACGACCGUCCGCCUUUGCGCAAAUUAAUGAUCCAUAUUUACGUACCAUUUUUGCCUUUCUAUCAUCCGAUUCAGACAAUUACGACACUGUCAUUAAUGAAAAAGAGAUAUCUUUAGCCGAUCGAAUGGCGUUUGCUUGUAGAUAUUUAAGUGAUUCAAAGUUGGCAGAACUCGUCAAGAAUACAAUACAAAACUGUAUUGAUAACGGCGACUUACAUGGGCUACUGUUAACUGGAGAAUCCAAGGAUGGAAUCAACUUACUCCAAAGUUAUUUAGACUGGACAGAAGAUAUCCAAACAGUGUCCUUAUUAGCAAUAAGGUUUUUCCCUAGCGAAGUUCACACAGAACCCAGAUUCAAGUAUUGGAUCGAAACCUAUCGGGAUUUAUUGGACACGUGGGAGCUAUGGGAGAAGCGGGCGGAAUUCGACAUUAAGAUGGAGUCCCUCCAAGUUCCCCCCAAGAUAUCACGUUCUGUGUUUGUGCUUUGCAAUUUCUGUGGAAAAUCCGUUUCGAGUGCGCUACAAGAUGAUGUUAGGAUGCGAAGUGCGGCAGCAAAUCCUAAUAAGCUAUCAUCAUGUCCAAACUGCCGAAAACCGCUGCCACGGUGUUCACUGUGCCUUCUACAUAUGGGCACAACAACUGCAACUUCUUUACACGGUACUUCAGCUCAGAAUAAUGUGGGAUGGAAGUCUAAGGCCUUCUCGAAAUGGUUUUCAUGGUGUCAAACAUGCAGGCAUGGUGGACAUACAGAACAUCUUAUGGAGUGGUUUAGCACAAAUCCGGAAUGCCCUGUAACGGCGUGCUCAUGCAAAUGUUUUUCAUUGGAUUUUCCGAUACCUCCGCUUAAGCAGAAUUGAUUUUAGAGGAACUAAUUUCUAAGUCAUUUUUCCCAUGUAAUGAAAUAAAAAUAUUAGCACUCCAAA